AUGGCCAAAUUCUUCACUCCAGUUCAAAUCAAUGAGUUCAAAGAGUGCUUCAGUCUGUACGACCGGCAGCAGAAGGGGAAGAUCCAGGUGAAGGAGCUGAUCACCGUCAUGCGCUGCCUGGGGACCAGCCCCACGGUGGGGGAGGUGGACCGGCACCUGCAGCUGCAUAAGAUCGAAAAGUCUGGGCUGGUGGACUUCUCGACCUUCCUGACCAUGAUGCACCGGCAGAUGCAGCAGGAGGACCCCGAGGCCGAGAUCCUGGAGGCUCUGAGGAUGACGGACAAGCAGAGGAAAGGCUACAUCCAGGCCACGGAGCUGAGGGCCAAGCUCACCACGCUGGGGGAGAAGCUCACGCACAAAGAAGUGGACGAUCUGUUCAAAGAGGCCAAAGUCAAACCAAACGGCAGCAUCGACCACGUGAAGUUCACUCAGAUGGUGACGCUGCCCCCGGUGGACUACUGA